AUGUUUCUACAUGGUCCUGAAGACAUGUGGCCAGAAGAAUUUAAUAAAACGCUAUACAAUCUGCCAGAGUGUGCCGAGUUGAAGAAAAUUUCGCAGGAACUAAUGCUAAAAGCAGCCAAAGAUGAUACUGAAUAUACAAGGCAAACCACAGAAAUUCUUUUAACACACUGGUUCACAUUGUUGGUUAUGUUCUACGAGUUAGAAAAUUCAGUUAGGUACAUCGUGAAGUCCAAUCAGGCUGCUGAAUUCAAGGAAGAGGUAACUGAUUUAAAGCAUCGCAAACUGGUGAAAGCAUCUAGCUUAUUAGCUGCAUUGACGCCAUUUCUAGAUGAAUAUGAUAUCGUUCGGGUCGGAGGAAGAUUAGACGCAUCAAAUCUAACAUAUAAUGCUAAACAUCAAAUGCUCCUCCCAUACAAUGACUGCACAUUUAAGCUAUUAAUGAAGAAAAUUCAAGAAGAAAACAAGCAUUGCGGUGGUCAAGCAUUAUUGGCGACACGACAAAAAUUUUGGCCGAUUAAAGAAGAAAAAGAAAAUCGGAUACUAGCAGUAGCACUACAAGAAACAAUUAAGCAAAUGGAAAAGUCCAAAGUUGAUGUGCUAGCGGUUCAAGAAGUACGAUGGCAAGGAUGUGGUGAAAUUGAAUGCAAUGAUACAAAAUUCCGUUUUAGUGGUGACGCUGAAAGGUCUGCUUCAAGUACAGAACAAGAACCUGAAUCCACUCUUGACGAAUUUACAGACGCAAUAAAGCAAAUGAAAAACGGAAAAUCACCUGGUGAAGAUAGUAUAUCAGCAGAGCUCAUUAAACAUUGCGGAGAAAGCUCAAAAAUGGAGCUGUUUACAUUAAUCAAGCGUGUCUGGGCUGAAGAAAGUCUGCUGGAAGCGUGGCUCACUAGCGUAGUAGUACCACUGCACAAGGAAGGUGACAAACUAGAUUGUAAUAACUACCGAGGCAUAACGUUGUUAAGCACAUGUUACAAAAUUUUUACAUGCAUUUUAAACAAGCGACUAAAGAAUGCAGCGGAGGAAAUAUUAGGUGAAUACCAAGGGGGCUUCAGACCGAAUCGUUCAACGACCGAUCAAAUAUUCCUGCUUAAACAUAACCUGGAAAUGAGUUUUGAGUUCAAUGCAUUAGUGCAUAUGCUUUUCAUCGACUUCAAUCAAGCAUUUGACAGCAUUGAUAGAAAAAUGAUACAGAAAGCUUUACAGUCACUCGGGAUCAAUCAGAAGCUCAUAAAACUAAUAAUGAUUACACUGUGCAAUACGACUGGAAAAGUGAUAGUGCAAGACAGUCUAACAGAUGCCUUCGAAUUUAAAAGUGGAGUGAAGCAAGGGAAAUUUGGUUAUUGGUAA